UUAGUAUCAAAUGUACAAAGUAGCCCCUUUUCACUCCAACCUUCUUCCUAUUUAAUUUCAUAAAAAUAAAGAGCUGCAAAGUUAUUUUGUUUAUAAAAGCUGUAUGGAAUGACAUGCUGCAUUUUUUAAAAGUCUGGUUUCCAGUUACAUCUGAAGUUAUCAACUUAUUGUAAACAUUAAGGCGCUUACUUAAAGUUGCAAAAUUGAUAAUGGUUCUCAGUAUGACAGAAAUUUUGAAGAUACUAUUAAAAUAGAUUACUGCAUACGAUUGCAAACAGGUUUUAUUUAAAAACAAUGAUAAAUUGCAACUCUUAUUUUUAAAGGAACUAAACCUUGAUAAAAGAACUUGCAUCAUCCUAUUACCUAAUUUUACUUAUAUUUAUUUUGUUAUUAUUAAUCAACACAUUAUUUUUUUUACAGAUGCCACAAUUUAAUUUUCAAUCCCCUUUAACUUCUCGUGCAUUAUUAAAUGCAAACCUGAUGUCACCCAGAAAAUAUGGAUUACUUCAAAAUGAGGAAUCAAAUCAUAAAGGUAUUAUCGACGGAAUAAAAAAGCGAAAACUUAACGCACCUGCUGAACAAGGUGAAAAUAAACGUUUAGUGAACAGUUUACAAAAGCAUCAGUUUGACGCGAGUCCAUAUUUUCAAAACCUAUCUCAAGGUACUUCUCAAAAAAUUCAAAACCAGAAUAGCCAAGGGCAUGACUCAAUGAAAACAUUCAAUAAUAAAAGUCAUGGAAAGGUGAAAGUUAUCGAUGUUACAGUAAUUCCUCCAUCUCCUGUUACAUUCAACAACACAAAUCCUAACAAAAAUCAAAGCACAAAUAAUGAUACGUUCGUUCAGAAAACUCAACAUAUCCCACUUACUUCUUACAAUUCUAAUAAUGAACGUGGACAAUUUAUGGAUCCAAAAAUUAAAUUUGAUAACAACAGACCAAAAACCAGCUCUUUGGCCGGCAUGAAUAAAGAUGCGACUCGUCCAUUAAGAAGGGAAUCAAAUAAAAACAUAUUUUCUUUUCAAAAAUCGACAAAUAAUGCUGAACAAGAACCAAUAAAUAGUCAAGAUUUGUUAUUUUCACAAGAAUCUGUGACAAAUCAACUCAAAGAUAAUCAAACUGGCCUAACUCCUGAGAUGAUUCAGUUUAAAUUACUAUCAGGAAGCAGAAAAGAUAAUACUGACGAAGAUAAGGAAAACAACGAAGUACACUGCGAAGAUCAAGGGACAGAAAGUCAAUCUUUUGUAUGUAAUGAAGACAAUUAUGGCAGAUCCUUGAAUAAUUCAUUUAGUAUUGAACCAAGCUUCAGAUACGAAAAUGCUAAUAAUUCUUCUACUUUUGGUCAAUUCGAUAGACCAAAUGAAAUUCCGCGCUUUCAAUUUGGAGAUGCCCCAAAUCAAUUAAACGUUUCAGGUAUUGACGUGCAAAAUUACAUGGAUACUGGAAAUGAAAACUACGUAUGUUCUCCGAUUAAUUCAUUUUUGUUGAACACUACUGACGAAAAAGAAGACAAUAAAGACGAAAAUAAGAAUAAACAGUCCAAUAACUUUUUUUUUAAAUUUGGAGAAUGUACUUCAAAAAAUGGUCCUUCGGGUCAAAAAAAACUUUUUGAUAUGUUUUACUAAACUGAAAAUAUGCGUUAUAUUAAGUAGGUAACUUCGGAACAUAUGUUAAGUUUAAACACAACUUGUUACUUUGCUAAAUGUUAUUUUUCCAUUCGUUCUUGUUCUGAAAUAAAACCAUUCAAUUUUGGUAAUUAUUACUUUUCUUUCCUACACUGAAAAAAAAAAUGUUUUGCCUUUUAGACAGAAAUGAUGAUAAUAAUAAUCUAUAUUAAAUUAUAGGUCACAGUACCUACAAGUUUAUAUUUAGUAAUUCAAAUAAACUCUAAUUUUGAAGAUAUUCCAAUUGAAAAAAGCAUACCUUUUUAAUUUUCUUUAAGGGUAAUAGGUCAUCUACUGCACAUGCGAUGUUGCUACAUAGAAACGUAUUGUAUUGUUUAAUUUUUUUACUUCUUAGAUCGACUUAAAAAACAUGAAUACAAAAUCUUUACAAAACGGCAACCUUCUUAUUGAUUUCUUCCUAAAAUUAUAUGUAUCAUGUAUAUCAGGUUUGGCCUCACAGUCACAACUAGAUAGGUACAUGUUUUUUUUUUUAUAUGUAUAAAAAUUACCACUACUCAAAAAUUACUGACAAUGUGCAUAAAAUCAGAAAAUGUUUUAAUAAAAAAACAGGCGACACGUAUUUAAUAAAUAAGACACUGUAAUAUUAUGAGUUUGUCAACAAUGCCCCGAAAUUGGGCCAUAUAUAAUUGCCUAAUAAUUUCCAAAGGCCUUACAGCUACAUUACAACCAAACUGAUCGAUUCCGAAUGUGUUAGUAUUACGCAAAGGCCUAUUCUUAAUUGCAAUUUUCAGCUUUAAAACCCGUGUAAUCCCCACAGAAACGGUUAUCGUUUUAUUUGAGCAUUUUCUUUAUACUUUAUCAAUGUAAGCUGAGUCUCGGGUUGUCGGUUUUCGGGCUAUUAUCCCGUUAUCAAUUACUCCUCGCCUUUUCGAAAGUCAUAUCGUUAUCUUACUCAGAAAACUUUCGAAACAUUAAGGAAUAAUAAUCGACCAGACGGUAAUAAUAAAGAAGUCAAUAAGUCGCAAACUCAAGCUACGACAGGUUUAAACUGACUCUUACUAACCAUUGUUACAUAUAAUAAUUGGACCAAAACCUAACCACGCCUCGACUGUAUCAGACGCUAUAUUUGAGCCUUCAAUUUUCCGGUUACUUCAUAUCACCGUAACCAUAUUGAAACAAGUGAUGGCGUAAAUAAUGAUUAGGAACUACAUGCUGCGUCAUAACAAACAAGGUUAAGGCUGGGUUUGGUUGUAAAUUAAAAA